AUGAAGAAUCAGGCGAUUAGAGUGAGAGAGACCAUGGUUGAAGAAGUCAAGGAGAUCAAUUCUAAUUCAAAGACAAGGGGUUUAGUUUCUUGGACUGGUUUAGUAUCCAAUGGUGGCAUUCGCAAUGUUGCAAUUCAAAAUCAGCAAGGAAGGAUGACUGGUCCUACUAGACGAUCAACAAAAGGAGGCUGGACAGAGAUGGAGGAUAAAAUUUUAGCUGAUGCAGUCAAGAGGUACAAUAGCAAAAAUUGGAAGAAGAUCGCUGAGUGUGUUCCUGAUAGAACAGAUGUUCAAUGCCUGCAUCGAUGGCAGAAGGUUCUUGACCCUAAACUUGUUAAAGGACCCUGGAAAAAAGAGGAAGAUGAUCUCAUUAGAGAGCUUGUUGAAAAACAUGGGAACAAGAAAUGGUCUCAAAUAGCAAAACACUUGCCAGGCCGCAUAGGCAAGCAAUGCCGAGAAAGGUGGCACAACCAUUUAAAUCCAGAUAUUAAUAGAACUCCAUGGACCAAAGAGGAGGAGGCAAUUCUCAUCAAGGCCCAUGGAGCAUAUGGUAAUAAGUGGGCUGAGAUCGCAAAGCUUCUGCAUGGAAGGACCGAAAAUUCAAUAAAAAAUCAUUGGAAUUGCUCAGUGAGGAAGAGAUUAGAAUCAUAUCAAUCUCGUGGUUUGGACCUUUAUAGUUACAAGACAAAAACAGAUAACAGGAAACUAGAGGUGGGCAAGCAAAGAUAUGAUCGGAGUAUGAACAUUUGGUCAAAUGUGGAACCUUGUUCACUGGAUUUGGUUCUUGGAAAUGCUGGUGGAAGGGAGGGCCAAUUGACGGUGUCUGAUAAUAAAAAUUGUAAAGAGUGGAAUGAUUCAGCCAAGUUCACUGGUAGAACUACAGGUACUAAAGCUACUGAUAUAUGUGGUCUGUCCAGCGAAGAUUGCAGAGAAAGUGCUAGUAGUGCAUAUACAUCUGAGUCCACCGACCACUCCUGCAUUAAUCAGCCUCGCAAAUUCUGUGAUAUUUCUUUUGGUAGUCUUGUGAGAUCUCCAUAUUCACCGGAAAGAACUCGUGAGACUACAAAUACUAUCAAUCGAUUGCCUUCUGAAGCACUUUCUCCGUCUUUGGAUCUCUCUUUGAGUACUCCAUCCAGUGCACGCAGUUAUGACGAAACAAUGGGUAAAGUUUCUUCUCCCUCUCUCAUUUUCGAGCAGGUAAACUAA